ACCGAAGCGGAUGAAGGUCGCGCGCCCUCUUCCGCUCGUGUUCCAGUUUAUUAAUACCCGGCAUCUAAGUGGAGCGGGCACGCGCCGUCCCUUUGCACAGGCGCGGCCUGUGGUCCACGCGCGGCGCUAUGCCGGCCGCGCACGUCUCUCGUGUCCGGGCCUUGUAUCGGCGCAUCUUGCUGCUGCACCGCGUUCUGCCCCCAGACCUCAAAGCCCUUGGCGAUCAGUACGUGAAGGACGAAUUUAGGAAGCAUAAGACGGUUGGUUCUGCUGAGGCCCAGCGUUUCUUGCAGGAAUGGGAGGCAUAUGCAGCAGUGCUCUGGCAACAAGCUAAUGAAAACAGACAAAAUUCAACUGAAAAAGCAUGUUUUGGAACUGCCCUACCAGAAGAAAAACUUAAUGACUUUCGUGAUGAACAAAUCGGACAGUUGCAGGAGCUGAUGCAAGAAGCCACUAAACCCAACAGGCAAUUUAGUAUUACUGAGUCCGGGAAACCAAAAUCCUAGUCUAUACAGUCUUCCCAUCAAGAAUUCCAUCUCUUUUCCAAUUCUUCAAACGUGGACUAGCCUUGCUGGUUGAUUUGCUCAAAAGAAUGUGGACAGUGACAUCAAACUUGGGGUCUAAGCCCCAGAGCCUUGCAUCCUUUCACCUGCCCAAUUGGAAACCUCCCCAGCUGCCAUGUGAACAAGCUCGGGCUGGCUAACCAGAGGAUGAGAGAGCAUGGGGACAGAAGUGAACCACCCCAGUUCCAGUCACCCGAGACCAGCCAGCUCUCAGCCAUCUGCAGAUGCAUGAAUGAGCCCAGACAAGACCAGAACACCUGCCCUGCUGAACCCAGCUGAAAUCGCCAAUCAUAAGCUAAAUAAAUGGUAUAUCUUUUAAAUA